UUUAUGUUGAAUCAUGUCAUUUGUUGCAUGUACUUUGUGCAAAGUUCUUGCAAUUUUACACCUCAUCUCACCAAACGACCUCAUGAUCGACCUUCAACGACCGUAGAAUCAGUGAUUGUUGUCAUUUCCUGAGUAAAUUCGACACAUUUCUCAAGCCAUCACUAAAAUGACUGCGUUGUUGCUUGGCUGGUUUCGACCAUGCUUCGCUACAAAGUUCUGCGUAGUUUGAAAAAUUAUUUUCUUACUGGAAAAAUGGUUGACGCUAAGAUCAGAGAUUUCGGCUAUAAUUUAUGUCGAAAAUAUCUCGGUGGGGAAUGGAAGAAAAUCAGUCCACAGCAUUUUGUAAUUGAACGAAUUCAUGGUGGAUUAACAAAUCAUUUGUUUCUGUGCUCUCUGCCACAUGAAUAUGCAAAUUCAAAUCCUGAUGGUGUGAACAAAUCACUGCUUCGGAUAUAUGGUGCAUUUUAUGCAGAUUUGUCUGACAACAAUGUUCGCAUGAUGGAAGAAUGCAUCAUUUGCGACCUUUUAGCUGAAAAAAAGAUGGCCCCAGAGUUGUAUGGUAUAUUUCCUGAAGGAAGACUUGAACAGUUUAUUCCUAAUGUUCGAGCAUUGACUAGUCGGGAAGUCCAGUAUCCUCGUUUAUCAAAACAAAUAGCUGAGCAUGUAGCUGCAUUUCAUAAGCUAAAACUUCUCUCUCAAAGAAGGAACUUGGUUUUGGAUUCACUUCAAAUAUUUGUGAAGGAAAUUAAAGGUCUUGAAUUUUCCAAUGUUGAUAAAUUAAAGAUCUUGGAUGAAAUUUUUCAUAAAUUUGACAUUGAUGAAAUUCUCAAAUUUAUCAGGCACGUGGUUGAAAACAGCCAAUCACCAGUUUUCUUCUGCCAUAAUGACGUACAACCAGGAAACUUGUUGGUGAAAGCAAAUGAAGAUCUCGAUGAGGCAAAAAUACGUGUGAUUGAUUUCGAAUAUUCUUGUUAUAACUACAGAGGAUACGAUAUUGGUAAUCAUUUCAGUGAAUGGAUAUUUGAUUAUAAUCAUCCACAUUAUCCCUUUUUUACUGGAGACGUCACCAAAUAUCCUUCUUAUGAUCAAAAGGUAUUUUUUGUCCGUGCGUAUUUACAAUCUUACAAUGAAACGACUGACGUCACGUUAGACGAGAUUGAAAAAGUUAUCGACGAAGCUGAUUGAUUGUCUCUUCUUUCUCAUUUCUUUUGGGCGAUGUUUUCAAUUCUUCAGAGUUAUAAAUCCUCGAUCAAUUUUGGUUAUCUCG